AUGGAAGGACCUGAUUUGCCACCUAGAUUAACUGGAAACAGCACGAAUAACAUUGCUGAGGAUGACUGUGAAAUGCCUGAAAAUAUAAACUUGGUUCCAGCGAAGGUGAUCGCGCAAUUGGCCUCAGAAGAUCGAGAACACUUGACGGACUAUGUGAUGCGAUUUGAGAGCUGUCAGGACGUGGAAAACAGCAAUUCAGAGCUGGAAAAAAAACUCAAUCUGCUUUUGGAAGGAUUUGAAAGCACUGAGGAGCGUCGUGAGCGUUUGCAACAAAAAUUGAGCGAGGUCGAAAGGCUGGAAACCGAAUAUGAGAGCAGCUGGGCCAAAUUGAAUACUUUGAUGGCCACAACGUAUAGUGACCAAGCGUUGGGCUUGAAAAUGCAAAAAGAGCUGGGAGAUCUGGAUUCACAGGCUGCAGCGUUGGAAUCGAACCGUGACCUGGAAAUUGACAAUUUCAUCGCCCAGUACUUGAAAGUCCGAAAUCGGCAUCAUCACAAAAGGGAGAUACUGUACUGUUGGCAGCACAGCUGA